AUGCAGAAUGCUUCUACAAACAUUUGUGAAAGAAUGGGUCGCUCUCAGGAGCUCAGUGAAUUCAAGCGUGGUACCGUGAUAGGUUGCCACCUGUGCAAUAAGUCCAUCUGGGAAAUUUCCUUGCUACUAAAUAUUCCACAGUGAUCUGUUAGUGGUAUUAUAACAAAGUAGAAGUAACUGGAAACAACAGCAACCCAACCACGAAGUGAGCGGGGUCAGAGUAUGCUGUAGUGCACAGUGUGCAGAUGUUGCCAACUGUCUGCAGAGUCAAUAGCUAAAGACCUCUAAACUUCAUGUGGCCUUCAGAUUAGCACAACAACAGUGCGUAAAGAGCUUCAUGGAAUAGGUUUCCAUAGC